CGAUUAACCUUUGAGGCCUUUGUUUGUUUUAUCUCUUGCUUAUUUCUGUUGCUCUAUUUUAUAAUUUCUAUUAUUAUCAGUAUUACCUGUUAUCUUAUUAUCAUUGUUGAUAUUGCCUUUUAUAUUUUCUAUCCUCUUUCCGCUUUUGUCCUCCCUUUUACUUGCAUUUUCUUUUUUCUUAAUUUAUGUUUUUAUUUUAGUCAUCUCAUUUUAUGUUGCAUGGUUCUUGUAUUGUCUGGGUUCCUUGUGACACGGAUAUGGCUGUCAAUUCUGUUUUUACUGAGCUUUUUGUUUUUAUCUCUUUUUCUAUGUGCUUUAUGAUUAUAUGUCAAAGCUCUUCGUAAGCUUAUGUUUUUAAAAGUGCUAUACAAAAAAGUUAUUAUUACUUACAGUACUUUGUCUUUUUAAAACAUUUUCAUUAUAACAAGCUUACAUAUAAAUGUUUGGUAUAGGAAUAUAAUGUACAGAUUGUUGGAUCAAUAUUUCAAACAGGUGAAAUCCACUUAAGGAACUGUAGAUUAGUUUAAAUAUGUCCGUACCAUAGACUGUAUAUAGAAUAUACAUUUAAUAUAGUAUAUGUAUUCUAUGGUCUGUACCUCUAAAAUGCAACCCUCAUUGCCUCUUGUGUCCAGCAGAGGGAGCACAAGAGAUCAUUUUGAUCUGCAGUGUACAGACUGAAUUGUGAUCAGUGCUGUGUAUGUAUGUCAGGGCAUGACUAAGGGUUAAAAUAUGUUUGAUUUUCUGUCGUUUACUCGAGCUGCAGCAGGUCUUUCGAAACAUACUAUGAAACUUAAACAAUGCACUAGAUAACUUUGCAUGCAAUAACGCAACCUUUGUGUCACUAAGAAUACAUAUACACUAAGGAAAAGUAAGGAGGACUGGGCUCUUAUAUUGUCUGCAGAUGGAGCUUGUGUUUACUGAAUCAGGGGAGGGGGAUGCGCGGGUUGGCUUGGCCCUCCUCUGAGCCUGCCAGGCUGCCGUCUGAUUGGUGGUUCUACUACGAGAGGCCGACUGGCAGAGGGGGAAGUGAAACAGUCAAUGUCAAAGGAUCCUGUAUCAGCUGUCUGUUGUCGAUCCGCCCAACAUCCACUGAUAACACCAGCGUUUGUUAACUGAAGCAGAGAAGCGGCUCUUAUGAAUAUCUGAGUCAGGACUACAGCAGCAGCUUCACGUCGGUUUUCAGGUGAGACUGGGAGCUACAUGGAGAGCUAGCUUUAGCGGCUGCGCAGAUUGUCCAUUAGGAAGAAGAAGAAAUGAUUCUCUUAAAAGCAGCUGCGGCUAACAGGAGUUAGCUCAAACAUCGAUUUUAGGUCAUCAUUAUUUUGUAUUAGAAGAUGAAUGUGUGCUUUGUCGGGUGCACCUGUUGUUUAUGAGUGAGUCAGACUCAGGUUAGUGGAGUAGACGCGUGAAGCGGCUUGUUUACAGGCGCACAGACUUGCUCAACUCAGGUUAUUCACGGUAUGUCUGACGUUUCCAGCUCGUGAGUCUUCUCUCUGACCUGGAAGGUGACUCUCAACAUAGGCAGCAGCAGCAGGGUUUGAGAGUGUGUGUCUGAAAGUGUUUCUGCUCCCUGCUUGACUCCAGGCAGCAUGAACUCCCUCCCAGGAAGAGCCGCUCUGUCUCUGUGUAGACGCACGGCAGCAGCCGGUGGGAUGAGGGUCUUCGCCGGUGCACAGGGUCAUCCUACCGGGGUCGUGCCGGUCGACAGGGCCUGCCUCCAGGCUGUACGAGUCUGCCACUCUGGGACAGGCCGCAAGGGCAGCGUCAGCACCAAGAAGAGGGGCUACGACAUCACCAGGAAUCCACACCUUAACAAGGUGAGCCUACAAGAAUGUCAGGUACUCUACCUGUUAGUCACCUGCAGGCAUGCGCACACAAACAGGGCUGCAAAGAGUAUAUUCCUGUGCUGAUCUCUGUGAGGCAAUGUUUUUCAGCAGUAAGACUCCAGGAGUGAUCUUUUGAGAAACCAAUUAACCAAAAAACUUUUUGAUUGGAAAAAACAAGCGAUUUAGGUCCUCUCUACCAGUGCCUUUAGACAUCUUUGUUUAGACUAGCAAUUUCCCAAUCCUAGACACAUUCAGUUUACUAUCACAAAAUUACAUCAUUUCUACAUUUAAGAGACAUCAAAAACAGUAUCUUAAUCCCAAGAUAUAGCAUUUAUACCCAGUCAAGUUGUGAAAAAAAUCAGGGGGGAUGGUUGAUUUUAUUGUUUGGGACAGAUAUUUUGUUCUGAUGACAGUGCACAAAGUGGGAAACCACCUGUGUACCCACUUUAUUGUUGCUAAAGCACAAAGAUAACUAUCAUAUUAUGUUAUAUUAUCCCUUGGAUUGAGCUGUCCAUGUUGCUUGGCCACGAUACUGAAAUCGCAACGGUGUCACUAGUGCUGCUUCGCCACUUACUGACGUCGUUUUUUUUUUUUAAGGGAAAAAAGUGUCUUUUUCAUGUGCCUCUUCACCCAAAGUAUUUUACUAAAUAUGCACAAAGCUCCCUGUCGCAGGGCUCUCGCUUAAAAAAUCAAAAUAAAGUGGAAAAACACUGGCGUAGUGGGAGAAAUAUGGCGAUAUAUAUUUACAGCCGUCCUUUCAAGGUACAGUGCAAAAAUAUUUACAAAAGUGCAAAAAAUGGUCAAAUACCAUUUACAAAACGUACAAGGUAAAAAAGAAAAUACCAACAAGGCAGGAGUUCCACUGUAACUCAAGAUUCUCACUCAAGGAGAAAAAAAAACAGAAACACAGCAGCAAUACAAAAGUCAGUUUGGCAGUUACCUUCCAUACAACAAACUCCAUACUCAAAGAAAGGCUCAGGCAGCCUUUGAGGACGUCGGUCAGUCAGUGAUGACACUGCUCCGUCACACCCCAAAGGUUGAAAUGGUGGUAAUAUUUCCAAUGUUCAACUACUAGUAAUAUUUCCACAUAAAUGGCUCAAAUGAUAGAAAGCUGGGAUGACUGUUUUAGAAAGGGGAUGAUUUUAAACAUUUUCAUUUUCAUUCUCAUCCCCCCUCUCAACCCGAGUUCUGUUUAUACCGAUCAGUAGAGACUUUGGCAUUCAUAUACUAAUCAUAUCCUACAGUGUCAGUUUACAGCUGUGUCCUAAUUUCUCACAAUUUCAGUCACUGCAGCAACAACAAAAAAUCUAGUUCUCUUUGAGAGGUGCUUCCAGAUUUAAGUUUCACUUGCUCGGGGCGUGAGAACUUUCACCCUGUAGUCACAUGACUGUUUCUACACACAACAGUGAGUCCCGCAUACACCAUGUGGAAGAGUGGUUGAACUUGUGAUCACAACCAAUACAGAAUCUCCUUUGUGAGUGAGAAGUGUUGUAACAUCUCUGUCCAUGCUUGUUGUCUUUAUGUCUUAGCAAGGAAAAUAAAACCAACUCAAGCAUACUAGUAUCAUGAUGUACCCCUCAAGAGUGUCCCACCAGCGCAGCACCAGCACAGAAAAUAAGAUUUCUGCUUUGCCGUCAUAAUAUGGAAUUUAACAAGUCAGACCCCAAACCUGCAGCAGAUGCCCCGCCUGUGCCAGAGCACAUCUAAAGCAAACAUCCGCUGAAUGACUCACCAGAGGUUUGCAAAGUUUUUUCCAAACCUAGCUCAAACAAAGAGUCUCUCAUGCAGCCAUGCUAUCUGAACGAGGACAGGAGGAAAGACACAGACACUUUUGCUGAGUUUAUAGCUUUGAUUUUGGUUUAAUGGGAGGUCAGUCCAUGUUCCUUCCUCCGCUGGUGCUCAGUCAGCAGCUACAUGUUGACUCACGGGUCGGUGUAUUGGAAGGAGUCAGCAAGUUCAGCUCUACAUGGAUAGAAAAGACAUGAUUUUGACAACAAUAAACAUUGUCCCCUUGAGUAUUUUAUUAAAUCUUACAGUAAUUUUAGUCAUCGUUUGUUGUAUAAGUGUGAAAGUCCAGAUUUCUGUCACUGUCCUCUGCCAAAUGAUUCCAGUGACCUCCCAGAUAUCAAACCAUAACAUCUCAUAUCCAGAUAAAUGACUCUUCUCUUCAUUUUAUUUUGGUCAUGUUGCUAUAAACACUCCUAUAAAGUCUCAGUCUCAGAGUAAUCUUUGAUCAGGUUGAAUUGAAGUCAUAUAAUCUUCACUGUAAUUUAUCAGUUUCUCCCGCUCAGAGGUUUGGUUUCACUCUCUCACUCUAUUAGAAAUAGUGUGUUAUAGUUCUUUACAGCCGCUGCUUCAAGUCUCACCUUAACAGGUUUACUUUAACCUGCUCACUCUAAUAGGUUUAUCUUAAUUCUGUUAACCUGUGACUUUCACACUGGCUGCCUCUUUUGUUGUCCUUGUUGUUUGUGUUGUUUGCCUGUUGUUUGAAGCUUGCCCUGCACGCUGACGCCUCUGUCUUUGUGGAGUGCAAAUCUUGUUUGGUAUUUAAGACAUGAUCAGUGUAUCGGAGUAUCUCCUUUUGAUGACCUCUGGCAGGCAGAGCUGUCGUGUUUGCAGCUAUUAAGUGUGUAGUGAGUACAGUAUUUUCAGCUGUAAGGAAUCAACUGGAAAGCAUGCAGUCAGUGUGUGGAAAAACUGCAGACGUAAUAGUUGUAAGAUGAGAGGGUGAAAACUACACCCUUGAUUGUAUUUCAUAACAGACACCACACUGAGAAAAUACCCUGUGAAAUUAAAGACGAAUCUUUUUAGCUUUGUUCUUGUUUGUCAGUGCAGUACACAUCACAUCUUGAGCUUUUAAGAUGUCUUUAAGUGUUUCUUGAAAAAAGUCAGUGUUUCCUUAACUGUGGGAGGGUUGGUGCAUCAAGGCUCGACAAAAGCACAGUAUGACCAGUUUGUGAAAGGACUGCUAAGUAAACACAAGGCUGACAGUAACAAAAAACACAUUUAAGUCAUACUUCACUCUGAGCUUCUUUUCUAUCAACCUCGGACCGCUUAGAGGCUAAGAAAUGACAGUUGUCAUGUUGCAGAAUCACUCUAACUUACUUGCUUUGUGUCGUUGUUCUACCAUGUGUUGUUAUAGUAAAAGUUGCCAUUAUGUAGUUUUUUCAGAUAGAACGCUAAGAUUACAGACAUUUUUUGAGUGAAGGAAGUAUCUAAGAUUGUGUUAUAGUGCAUAUGGAGGCUUAUAUUUAUGACGUUGUUCUGUGUGCAUGCAGGGGAGGCUUCAAAUUCUUUCAUUUAUCAAAUGAGAACUUGGAGAAGUAGUUUUGGAAACACUGAAGUGAGUGAGUUUAGUUACUUUAAAAGGAGUUUUUCAAUCAAAAAUCUAUGGCACACUGAAGAAAAUCCUAAAAAAAACAACUAAAAAAACAAGAAAGCAAUUCAGUACAGUCUAGUUGAUAAGAAACAGUGUAUUCUUGAAAGUGGGAUGCUUUUUAUCAUGAUGGUAAUAAUUGUGUAGAUCACAUAAAGUCUGCAAGUCAGAUCAAAAUCCAACUUUUAGGUUGAGUCAAGCUGUUUCAGAGGAAGAGCGUUAAGCAGCAAAACAGAGGGUUUGGUCUCAAAAUACUGAAACUUGUACUGAAUAAUUGAUAUUGUAAGAGUUAUAACUAUAAAAAAGAGGAAUUGAAACUCUUAAGAAAAAAAUUCUGAUGGAUCUUGUUUAUAGAACAUUUUUUGUUAAAGAAAUUUGCUCAUGUUUCCUUUUUUAUGGGGGACUAGAUCUUCAAACAUGAUAUGUAAACUAGUCCUCAAGGCUUGCUUUGGUGUGCUGCCAGAUUGUUAAUUUUAUCAACAAGGUUUGACUCUCAAAGGAGAAAUAGGGCAUGCUUGUAAAGGUCUUAGUAUUAACUUAUCUGAUCAAACUGACCCCAGAAGGCCGGUUUGUUCUCCAUGUAGGUCAGUGUUUCCUCCGCCAUGCAGGAAUCGAGAGGAAGCGGAGAGAGUGAUGAAGCAGGAGGCAUGAAAGAGAAGUCGAGCUGACAGGGGAGUGAGUUCAAGCUCCCAGACUAUUGGACAGAAUAAAUAGAUUAAACCUCACACUCCCCUCCAAUCACUCUUUGGAGAGCAUGCCAGCUCAAGACAAGCAGCUCUAACCAAAACCAGAAGGCAGAGGGGUGCAAGGCUGCUGCACAUACCAUCAUAAAAACACAGCCUUAUGUUCUAUAAGUUACAAAGACAUGUAUAGAGCUUUACAGAGUCCCCUCGCUCUUAUUUUGUGUUUCCUUGCUGAUGUUUUAACUUUAAAACGGCCCCUAAUUCAUAACUCCCAGUACAGAGGAAAAACACUGUAUUUGGGACUAGGAUGACUCAUAACCAACCGCUUACUCUGAUGACUAACACAUGAGUCACUCGGGUUUGGGUUUUCUGAUUUCUUAUUCAUAUUUUGGCUUUAGCCUGAGAGAACUCUUUUUUUAGGGGUCAUCAUCAAGUUGUAUAACCGCUCCCUUUCUCUCUCACCCUGUAGGGAAUGGCUUUCACCCUGGAGGAGCGCCUUCAACUGGGCAUCCACGGCCUACUGCCGCCCUGCUUCCUCUCUCAGGACGUACAGGUGCUGCGGGUCAUGAAGAGCUACGAGACCCGCGUCAACCCUCUGGACAAGUGAGAGAACAGAUUAACAGAGGAGGGCUGUUCAGUGCUGUCACAAUCAGCUGCAGAUCUGACAUGAGUUUGAGACGCUGAAAGAGCUUGUUAUCAUUUAUUCAAGUCUCAUUAUGCGUGACACACAUUAUUCAGUGGCCCAGUAUUUCAGACACAUCAGCAGCAUCUCUGAUCUGAUCCUUGCUGAGGGAACUUGUUGCAUGCCACACCUCACUCUCUCUCUCUCUCCCCCUCUCUCUCUUUCUGACUCACUCACUCACUUUAACACUAUUUCAAACACUCUCCUAAGAAAGGCAAAUUCUCAAUAGAUGAUCUCAAAACAAACCUUGUGAAGUCCCUUCAAAUCCAUCUCAGACAUGUCACACUGACACUGACCUCUGAACAUCAGAGUGUAUCAGUGUGAUCCAGCCUGAUAAAAAGUGUCCGCAGCUCUCUGAGUUCGUACUUUGAGCUUCAUUUUAUAAUCGGCACACAUUUUCUCUAAGGAAGGCUGUGCUAUCAUCUUGAUUUUUUUGCAUGUCUGCAGGAUGAUAUGACAAUUUCUUGUUGAGUCUGAUUGUGGUUUUUUUCCGUUGAAGGCUAAGUGUCAGCUGUGACAGGACCAUUUUUGUUAAACUCUGGUCGUUUUCUUAAGAUCACAAGUAAAUUAUUUUAUCACCUUUAAGAAUUAAAAAAAAAAUCCUGAUUAUAAAUGAUUAAUCUGUUGACUUUGAUCCAUUUUUCAUGUAAACAAGAAUUAUACAUUUAUCACAGUAUUUACGAAUAAUAUAUGAUUAAUGAAAGGAAAUCUAUUCAAUUAUUCACUGCCGUGGUCUGACAGUGUUGACCACUUUAGUUUAAGUUAUCCUGCUUGAUUUUGAUAGAAGUACUAAAACCAAAGUGUCCAAACCAAAAAUAGUUGAUUGGAAUUGUUUUUACUUUUCCAUUUGUUUAUUAUUGAACAGAUAAAAGAUGAGAAUGAAACUUUUACCUUAUGAUGAGCUUGAAGGUCAAUUGGAUGAGCUUGAUUAUGUUUCAUUAUCUGGAAAAGUCUGUUAAGAGUCUUGUUUUUUUGAGGCAUUUGCAUAGAAACUAAUAUCUAAGAUGUGGUCACACUGAACUUAAGCAGGAGAGGAUCCUUCAUCUGUUGGAUGUCUGUCUUUGUCUCAGGUACAUCCUGCUGAUGACACUACAGGACAGGAACGAGAAACUCUUCUACCGUUUACUGACCUCAGAUAUCGAGGAGUUCAUGCCCAUCGUGUACACUCCCACUGUCGGCCUGGCCUGUCAACAGUACGGACUCGCCUUCAGAAGACCCCGGUAAUCUUUUCUUAUAUGUGUCAUUUAGCGAAACUGAAACAUUCUUGUGCAGCUCAUGCUUCACUGUCUCCACAACAGCGCCAACAAAUAAAUAAAACAAUAAAUAAAAACUAUCACAGAACAGCAUAGAAAAGAGAAAAUGGAAAUAUAACAUCAUGAAUCUAUUGCACAAGCCACACACAGGAGUGUUUGCAGAGUGGAGGAUGUACGAUGGUCCAGAAGACACCCUGUGCUUGCCUAAGAAUAGACCGCUCAUAUACUGACUGAAGGGAGAGGCUAAACUAAACAGGCAAGCUUAGAUUUCACCUGUGCAGAGAGGUUACCAUACCUGAUUAUGCUUUAAACAGCCAACCAUAAUCUUGUGAUCCACCCUACACACUCUGAGUCAGUGAAAGAAAGAUCGUCUUUGCCGAUUCUUCCAGCUAAACAGGUUAUCAAGCUGAAUUAAACACCUGUAAGAGCUAACCUGACUGGUUAAUUCACUUGUUAACAUUUAUUAUUCCUCUUAUUAACAAAAGAGCGACAUUUUGUAAUCAAGUGCAGCAGUUUGUAGCUAAAUUUGAGUGAUUUUUUUCAUCUUUCAGUGCAUAUUUUCAGGUAUCUGUCCAGUCUGGUUCUGUUAGUCCCUCUGGCAGCUCGCCAAAUAAGCUCACAGGUUUAUCAACGGUGGCUGAGAAUUAACAUCAUGAUUCUCUCUUUAUUUACCCCGAAUAUUUGUUGAGUUAAUCAAACAAAUAGGGAUGUGCCAUAUCAUCCCCUUGGUAUCUGUUUAGUGGGGCUUUGAAUAACCUGUGUUGGUUGUGCAAGUUUCAAUGAACUGACUGUAGUGCAUGAAAUCCAACAGGAAUCUGACUCAAAAACAGAUAAUCAAUCUUAAAGCAUAGUUGAUUUAUCUCUUCUGUUUUUUGCAGAGGACUCUUCAUCACCAUCCACGACAGAGGUCAUAUUGCCACCAUGCUGAACUCCUGGCCUGAAGAAGACAUAAAGGUACCGGCUCCAAACGCUCCAUUCACAGAACUGCUCAUACCUGAGAGGUCAAAGAAAUCAACCAGACAGUAAAUGCUCAUAUAUCUCUUCUGUUCAGGCUAUAGUGGUGACAGAUGGGGAGCGGAUCCUCGGCCUGGGCGACCUGGGAAGUUAUGGGAUGGGGAUCCCUGUAGGGAAGCUGGCUCUGUACACCGCCUGUGGUGGUGUGAAACCUCAGCAGUGUCUCCCUGUGCUGCUGGACGUCGGCACAGACAACCAGGUGAUCACAAAGAGACUGUCAUAAAGUUAUAAAAGCUUUCUAUCUAUCGUCACAACCAUCUUAAUCAGACUAGUUCAGAUUGCUGAUGAACUCUGGUGAUCAUUAACGGUGUUGAUGAUGUAUCUUGUUCAUUAUCUGAUUGAUUUUUGGUCCAGGCUCUGCUUGACGACCCCCUUUACAUCGGACUGAAACACAAAAGAAUCAGAGGAAAGGAGUAUGAUGACCUGAUCGAUGAGUUCAUGCAGGCAGUGACAGACAAGUGAGUGACAGCACAAACGACCAAUGACAUGACAGAGAUCCUGACGUCUGACCCCGACUCUCCUCUUUGAUUCCUCAGGUACGGCAUGGAUUGUCUGAUACAGUUUGAGGAUUUCGCCAACAGCAACGCAUUUCGCAUCCUCAACAAAUACAGAAAUCGAUACUGUACCUUCAACGACGACAUCCAAGGUACUGAGGACCCGCAGGAUUGAUUUAAACCGAAGAAUCUUUUGGCUUUUUAGUUAUUUUGUACAUCCAGAUGUCCUUGAUGUAUUCAAUUAGGGCUGGGCGAUAUGACCUCAAAUCAAUAUCACAAUAUAUUGAGCAGUUCACUUUGAUAACGAUAAAUGGACGAUUACUACUCCACAAGCUGCUCACCCCCUCCUACAUUAACUUCGUCUACUUCAGCCCCCACUCCAGCUGCUACAACUUUUGAACCGUCCUCCAUCUCCUCUUUGUUAUUGUCUGGAUGGGGUGGAGUCACGUCUCUGAUGUAGGACAGCGCCUUAAAGGGUCAUGAGACCAUAGCCUACCUACACACAUCCAAAACCAACUUUCAUUUAUUUAUUUUCUUUGACACCGAAUAUAUUGACACGGGCAAAAUGAUGUUAGUUAUUGUCAAAUUUGGGUAUCUGUAAAUUUCCGGUUUAUCGCCCAGCCCUAUUUUCAAUGUAUAACAGAUGAAGCAUAAAAUGUUCAUUUGAAAGGGUCAUGACACGCUUCGUUCAAACACUGGCAUCUCUGUCGCUGCUUUUCUUUCAGGCACUGCCUCAGUCGCUGUAGCUGGCGUCUUGGCUGCUCUGAAGAUCACCAAGAACAAACUUUUAGACCACACUUUUGUUUUCCAAGGAGCAGGCGAGGUGAGAAGAUUUGAUCUUACACUUUUCAUUCUCUUUUGAAAAGAAAAUAACCCUCCUUGUGCCUUACUGGUAGAAAAUACAUAAAUCUGUUAACAUAUGUAUGCAGCACAGUAUAAAUGAGUGAUAUGUUAUUUGAGAGAUGGAAUGUGAAUGACUGGAAACUUGCUCAAAUUCUUCUGACAGCUAACAAAAAAGCUAAACCCACCUACAUGGCAGUAUUAUGUGUUAAUUUAAUAUGUGGGUUUAAUAAGCUUUUCCAAAAUAGAAAACAUAAACAGUAAUAAUAAUAACCCUCCUUUUCCCCUGGAAUACUCCUAGGACUUUAUCUUCUGGGACACUGUGAUGUACUCGGAUAAUUAAAGGUUUCCUCUCAUUUUCUCAGGCCGCUCUGGGAAUCGCUCACUUGCUCAUCAUGGCCAUGGCUAAAGAAGGAGUGAGUAAAGAAGAAGCAGCCAAGAGAAUCUGGAUGGUGGACUCGAAAGGUCUCAUCGUGAAGGUAACACUUGUCUGUCUUUUAAAGGACACCUCUAAAGCAAAGAGCAUCAUGUAACCAGAGACACUUUUCACAAAUGUAGGGAAGGAGCCACCUCAACCAUGAAAAGGAAGAGUUUGCACAUGAUCACCCACACCUGAGGACCCUAGAGGAGGUGGUGCACACCAUCAAACCCACCGCCAUCAUAGGUGAGGAUCAGAGCUGUAUAAGACCCAAAUCAUCCUGGACAUCCAUCAAAACAUGUUUUAGUUAUUUAACAUUUUAAAAGGCCACUCUUAUUUGUUUCACUCUCCAUAGUUUGGUGUUUCGAACUCUGGAGGAAUUUAUGUUACUGUUUGGACUGUAUUCAAAAACUUACUAAUGAAGGAACUGACUGAAGUUUCAGGUUUUUAAUCAAAAACUGUGAGAAGAUGCUUACUGUGUUUUAUCAGUGAGGGAACGGUGAGGAAGUCAUGAGUUGACUGUGAUAGGAAUGAUUCAGGGAUUGCCACUUGUUAUCUGAUUCUUAUUAACUUCAUGGUCUGAAUCCUGCAGAUAGCAUGUUUAACAGUUUAUAGUCAGAUGUAUUUAUAUCAGAAGUAACAGUUACACAGUUCAUUCACAUAGCUCUAUAACCUGCUUACAAAGUUGUUUUAUCCUGACCAAACUGUCCCAAACCGCUGAUUCUGUCCUGUUUCCUGCUCAUGAAGGAGUGGCUGCUAUCGCAGGAGCAUUUACUGAGAAGAUUAUCAAAGACAUGGCGUCCUUCAACGAGAGACCGAUCAUCUUUGCACUGAGUAAUCCAACCAGCAAAGCCGAGUGUACUGCAGAGCAAUGCUACAAGCUGACGGAGGUAAAACUCCACCUCACGGUGCUGCGAAUGAAGAUGUUGUUUGAGACUGGACAAAAACCCAGAUUCUUCCUCAUACAAAGAUGUUAAAAUCUAUUUUUAAAAUUAUGUUAGUGUUGCUCUUUCUCUCUUAGCACCUUCAGUCAUACUUUUCUGUUUUCUGCAACUUUGAGGAAAAGUCUAUCACUUUUAAGAAUUUCUAACUAUGAAACAAAAACAUUAAGCUGUGGAAUUGAAUCUUCCUCUUCAUCAUAAUUGUAACAAAAAUUGCAUGAAUUUUCUAGACAGUGCCUCCAGCUGUUCAUGGUUAGAAUUUAGUUCAUACGGUGGAGUCAUCUUGUGGAAAUCUGACCCAUUUGUUGAUAUUUUCAAAAUGGGACACUACUGCCCUCUACUGUUAGAGAAAUGUUGCGCAAAAAAUAUAUAUUAUUUCCAAAGUAACCCUUUCUCUCUUUUCUCCUUUUCCCAUUGUCUCUCUCUCUCUUUAGGGUCGGGGUAUCUUUGCCAGUGGAAGUCCCUUUGACAAGGUGACACUAUCUGAUGGACGCACCUUCUACCCCGGCCAGGGCAACAACGCCUAUGUCUUCCCCGGAGUUGCUUUGGGAGUCAUCGCCUGCAGGGUGCGCCACAUAUCUGAUGACAUUUUCCUCACUACAGCAGAGGUACUCUCAUCACUUAUAACAUGUUGUUGAUAUAAUGAUUUUAUAUUCGUGGGAAUGUGUUUUUUGACUUCAGAUUGAUUUAAUUCUUCUCGAACUGUAUCCGUCAGGCAAUCGCCAACAUGGUGACAGAGGAGCACCUGGCUGAGGGGAGACUUUAUCCUCCUCUGAGCACUAUAAGAGAGGUCUCCUUCAAGAUAGCAGUAAAGGUGGGUCAUCUUCUACUCAUUUCUCAAGUUGGUAUAAUAAAACCUCAACUGUGUGUUUAUGUUUGUAUGUGGCAUCAUCAUGGUAAAUUACCAGUUCAGAAACAAAUGAAAGAGCAGAGCUAUUGAGGCCUUUCGUUAUGAAAAUGCUCUGAAUUGAUUGUUUGUUGUUGUUGUGAGUAUUUUUGGUACUUCCUCACUUCCUCCUUUCCUUCCCUCCAGAUCAUCAACUAUGCAUACACACACAACAUUGCUUCGGUUUACCCUGAGCCUAAAGACAAGGAGGCGUUCGUGCUGUCUCACAUCUACAGUCCAGACUACGACUCCUUCUCUCUGGACACGUACACCUGGCCUCAGGACGCCAUGAACGUCCAGGACGUGUGAUCCCGCACUCCUCUGCCACUACUCUAAAUAUGCUGCCGUGGCCUCACAUAUGAUUUCUGCAUCGCCUCCUUUCAGAUUUGUUGCCUUGUUGCUUUUUCCUUUUGUCACUUUUCCUUUCUGUCUUCUGUAUCGGUCUCGUGUCAUAUUAAUGGUUAUGUAAUGAUUAAGUGUCAGGCCAUCGUUUUCUUUGACUCUCCGAUGUUGAAGUGUUUAUUUCACUUUCUCAUGGCAGUUUUGUUAGUACAAGUUUCAUCAUUUCUCUGUACUUGAUUUUAAACACAAACAUUUUAAGGUCACAUUACAGCAUAUCAAGUAGAACAAGAACAACCUGUAUAGCUCCAACUUAAACACUCCUUUUGGGAGAACCCUCGGCAAAGACUCCUCAGUGCUCGGCACUCGCAGAGACUAAAUUGUUUCUUGAGAACCGAAUCAGUCGGUAUAAAUGUACUAAAAAGGUCGCUAACUAGUUCGCGCAAUGCUUUCUGUUGUCUCGACACAGACAAAUAGGAAUCAUCUUGUAUCCAAGUAUUUGACAGGGACUCUCAGUGCCUCUUACUGUGUGACCUCUUGACAUCACUGCUCCGUGUUAUGAAUUAAACUCUCUGUUUUCACCCCAUGAGAAGAGCAGCGGUCAUAAAGGCCACAUCUGACUCCGCCACAUGACUGCCUCUUUUUGUCUCACACUCCUGCUAAAACCUGCACACAAGACAGAAAACACAGUGGUGUCUGUCACGUCUUUGUUUUCUGUCCUGUUUAGUUUUUUAUCAGAGGCGAUGCUCUUGUUUAGUGAAUGUGUUUGGAUUAAGUUUGUGCAGGUUGCAGCCUCACCAGGAGGUUUUUCUAUACCAUAGGCGUGUUUUUCCUUUACAGAGCUCUGCCUGGUGUUGUAUUUUUGCCAAAGUUACUGAUGAACUGUAUCUUAUCUUUAACUCCUAGAGAACAUGAUGCUCUGCCAGCUUUAGUACAGAGAGAGAUAUGCUUGAAGUUUUCAAAGGGAACAUGAAAUUUUGGAAUAAAAUUGACAAAAGAUUGUGA